UGUGUCAAUUAUAGGCUCAAAUGAAACCCGACAAGGGCGUUGGUGGUGACGAGCCCCAGAUUCACAGAAUCAGGAUCACCCUUUCUUCUCGAAAUGUCCGCAGCCUCGAAAAAGUGUGCGGUGAUCUGAUCCGUGGUGCUAAGGAGAAGCAGCUGCGCGUCAAGGGACCAGUGCGCAUGCCCACCAAGAACCUGAAGAUCACCACCCGCAAGACACCCAACGGUGAGGGUAGUAAGACCUGGGAUCGCUAUGAGAUGCGCAUCCACAAGCGCCUCAUCGACCUGCACUCGCCGUCUGAGAUCGUCAAGCAGAUCACUUCCAUCUCUAUUGAGCCCGGUGUCGAGGUCGAGGUUACCAUCGCUGACCAGUAAACACAUUGUUGAUGUAGAGUUCUAUAUUUUCUAGGAACUAAUAUACUCUUCAAUCCAUCAA